ACGAAGAGGAAGAAGGUAAUCCAGGUACUAGCGAUGGUCAAUCGAGCGACGAAGAAGACGAGGAGCUCCGGAUGGAUCCCGUCAUUCUCGAUCUCCUCCCUGAUCCAUCGUCGUCGGAGGACGAAAUCGAGGCGAUGCCGCGAGAGAGAGAAAUGCCGCUGUCGGGGCACGCAAAUGCCGCGACGAGGGAUAGGGUCUUCUCCGGCAAGUUGCCGCGCGAUCGAGGGUUCUCGGGCGGGAAUGGCAAGAUCGACAGGGACGAGCAGCACUGGCGCCAGCGCUGGGAGAUUCUAGACAAAGAUUGGCGGCCGACAAAGAGCAGCGCCAGCGAUCGGGAGGCGCGGCCAGAUGCCGUCGCCGAUGGAAAUCCAGGGAAGAAGAAGGAAAUCCGAGUGGAAGAGCAGCUGGAAUCGGGCCCGGCGAAGCCAAGAUCGUGGAGUCGUGACGCGUCCUUGCGAUCGAACAUCAUGAAUCCUUUCAGCGGUGGCUCUGGAGCUAGAAAUUUCGUGGCGAGAUUGGAGGCCUCGCAAGGAGGAGAUGCCAGCAGCGGUUAUCCGGGAUCUUCUCCCUACCUGACAUGGAAUGUGCGAUCGCGGGCGAUCUCUCUCCCCGAUUCGAGAGAGAGCCAAUCUUGGCUGGAGGCAAAACCCUCUUCUUUUUUCUCGAAAAGGAGGAGAGAGGAGGAGGAGGAAGAAGAAGCUAUGGCGGGCAGGAAGAAGAAGGCGUUCGCGCUGUUCGAUCGGUUUAUUUCGUGCAAGAAGAUCCCUCGUCCCAGAGAUGAGGCGGCGGCGGCGGCGGCGUACAAGCUCACGGAAUCUUGCAAGCUGGUUCUUCAGGGCGGCGAUAUCACGAUCUGGUGCAAGGAUGGGCACAGCGAUGCGAUCGUCAAUGCGGCUAACGAGCGGAUGCUCGGCGGCGGCGGCGUGGAUGGAGCUAUUCAUGACGCGGCUGGGCAGGAACUUCGCGAAGCCUGCCGGGAAUUGCCACUAGUGGAGCCGGGAGUGCGCUGCCCAGUCGGACAUGCCGUGGAAACACCAGGCUUUGAGCUGCCGGUUGCGCGGAUCAUCCACACGGUUGGGCCAAUGUAUUUCAAAUCAUCCAGAGUAAAGGCAGCUGCUCUGCUACGAGAUGCAUACCACAACUCACUCGAGCUUGCGAGGGAGAAAGGCGUCAAGUUCAUCGCAUUUCCUGCCAUCUCGUGUGGAAUCUACGGGUGCCCUGUGGACGAGGGUGCCGCGAUUGCCUUGGAUGCCGUGCAUGCAAACGCUGCCGACUUUGAAGAAAUACAUUUCGUCCUGUUCGAUGGGUCUGCAAGAAAGGCAUGGUUCGAGGCAGCCGAUAAAAGGUUUCAAGCAUUGGAUGUAAAUGCUUAAGGCUUUAAAACCUUUUCUAGUUGCGGAGAUCCAGGAAUGGAUGAUCAGCCUGGACGGGUGUAAAAGACGAAGGUCCGGCGAAAUUUUUUCGUGCUGCUGGAGUUUGUUUCGUAGCUGAAUGUCCAUACAAUUGCUAUGAACGUUGAUCAUUUGAUCAAAGGCGCAACUGGCAGCUAAGCCUGCGUAGAAUGUGCUCUCGAGAAGAGAAAUUUGAUAGUAAUUCGAUAGAAUUUCCAGUC